UGAGAAACGAUCCUUUAGGGAUUCUACAAAACAGUGUAAUAAUAAUUUGUUUGGAUUGCUGUAUAGUGAUCAGUGUUUAUGCCAACCGUAACGAAUACUGCUGAAAAUAAAGCGUACACCAACGCUAUGACGUCAGACCAAGAGUCGUGUUCGGAUGAGGAGCCAGACAGCGAGAUGCUGAGCGAUGAUCUGUGCCUGCCCGAUAGUGAUGACGACAGGCAGUGUACCAGGACCACACAGAAUCUGCCAGAGGACAUGCCAACCCUGAACGCCUGUCUCCUACGGCCUCCUCGCAAGCUGUUCACCAACUGCAGGGAGCGCUGGCGGCAGCAGAACGUCAGCGGCGCGUUCGCGGAGCUGCGGCGGCUGGUGCCCACGUACCCGCAUGAUAAGAAGCUCUCCAAGAACGAGAUACUAAGGAUGGCUAUCAGGUAUAUAGGCUUAUUAUGCGAAGUACUGGAGUGGCAAAAGAACCACGGUCUGCUCACUAACAAGGAGAAUUCUGGUCUAGCAAUCAAGUGUGAAUCUCCAUUGAGCCCGUUGUCCCGUCGGCUCCGUCUCAAAAGACCAUACGAAGAAAUCAGAAGGCCAGAAGACGUAGAAUAUUUGAGAUACGGCAAUGAAGAAAACGAAGAAUUUAAAAUGAGAGCACAUUGCAAUAAAACAUUCUUCUUUGGUAAGGAUUUGAAGAUCCUCCGCAGCCAGUAUUAUUUGCAGACGAAAUGGCGGCAAAUGCCGUUCAGGAAUUUGACGGGAGAGAGAAAUGGAAAUAAUUUGCUGAUGAUAGCGCCGGGGAAGGAAGACGACAUUAUCAGUAAAAAUAAAAAUAACGAGAAGGAUGGUGAAAAAUAAAAGGAUAG